GCCCCACGACAGAUCCGGGGCCGUGGCAGGCCAACAUAAGCGCGUUUCGCUGGCUCCUCCUGUCCACCGACUGCCCUCACUUUGACCUACUCAUUCCACCACGCACAAAAACACCAACACCAACACACACCAACCCCGUCUGCACAAUGCCGUUCGACACAGAGCUCACCCGCAAGCUGGGCAUCCGGAUCCCCGUGGUCCAGGGUGGUAUGCAGCAUGUCGGCACGGCUGAGAUGGCCUCGGCCGUGUCCAACGGCGGCGGCCUGGGCAUCCUCACGGCCCUGACGCAGCCCACGCCCGAGAAGCUGCGCGACGAGAUCCGGAGGUGCCGCACCCUCACAAAGUACCCGUUUGGCGUCAACAUCACGCUCCUCCCGGCCCUCGUGCCGCCCGACUACGCCGCCUACGCGCAGGUCGUCAUUGACGAGGGCAUCAAGGUCGUCGAGACGGCCGGCAACAGCCCCGGCCCCGUCAUCAAGCUGCUCAAGAAGGCCGGCAUCAUUGUCCUGCACAAGUGCACCACGAUCCGCCACGCCCAGUCCGCCAUCAAGCUCGGCGUCGACUUCCUCUCCAUCGACGGCUUCGAGUGCGCCGGCCACGUCGGCGAGUCCGACAUUACAAACUUCAUCCUCCUCAGCAAGGCCCGGCAGACACUCAAGGUGCCCUUUAUUGCGUCGGGCGGCUUCGCCGACGGCCAGGGGCUCGCGGCCGCCCUGUGCCUCGGCGCCGAGGGCAUCAACAUGGGCACCCGCUUCAUGUGCACCGUCGAGGCCCCCAUCCACCACAACAUCAAGGAGACCAUUGUCAAGGCCGACGAGACGGACACGUCCAUCGUCAUGCGCCGCUGGACCAACACCACUCGCCUCUACAAGAACAAGGUCACCGAGGCGGCCCUCAAGGUCGAGCGCGAGAGCAAGACGGGCGAGUUUGCCGAAAUGGCGCCCUUCGUCAGCGGCAAGCGCGGCAAGGAGGUGUUUAUCAAUGGUGACCCAGAGUUCGGCGUCUGGACUGCGGGCCAGGUCAUCGGCCUGAUCCACGACAUCCCCACGUGUCACGACCUGCUGCAGCGCAUCGAGCGCGAGGCCGAGGAGACGCUCACCAAGAAGCUCAAGCUCGCCAAGGCGGGGAGCAGCAAGUUAUAGUUGCAGAAGCCGUCGACUGGGCGGGAUGCGGAUGUGACUGCAGGUAGCGAGCCUGUAAACAGCUGGGUUUUCAACAUGGUACAGGACGGGGAGAUGUUUGGUCAGUUGGUUAGAGAAGAGAGACCUCUCAUCUCAUGCUGAUAAGACGACGCAGCCAGGACCGUGAGAGCAAUGUAGAGCUUAUAGAUGCGCGUGGAUGGAUGAGCUCUUGAUUGGAAUAGAUCAAUGAGUCGCUUGCGGCCGAGAUUCUCGCACAUUCUACAAGUCCUGACGGGGACGUGACCUCUCACCGUGUUGUAGAGAAUUGCAGUAUUCCUAGAAUCCAACACGAGUCUCGCAUGUAGUUCUCGUGUGUAGAUUUGAUGCAGUUUUGGGAGGUUUCGUCCAUUAUGGCAGCUCACUGCUUGCCCUAGGGAUGUUCUUCGCAUGCGCAAGAACAAAGUGCCCCUUGUCGUGCCGUGAGAUACAUCACAGAAAGAGCGCUCCCCCCCCCUCCCA